AUGGCUGAGGAGCUUGAUGCCUUGUCUCGGACUCAUACCUGGGAUAUUGUCCCUCUCCCUGCCCAUGCCAUUCCCAUUACUUGUCGCUGGAUCUAUCGGGUGAAGACCCGUUCUGAUGGAUCCCUCGAGCGCUACAAAGCGCGUCUUGUUACUCGCGGUUUUCAGCAGGAGUAUGGUCGUGACUAUGAGGAGACUUUUGCCCCAGUGGCUCACAUGCACAUUGUUCGUACAUUAGUUGCUGUUGCUGCUGCUCCUCAUGCCUGGUUUGAGAGGUUUAGUACGGUGGUUGAGGCUGCUGGAUUUACUCCGAGCAUCCAUGAUCCGGCAGUCUUUAUUCAUUCUUCACCUCGUGGCCGGACCAUUCUUCUUUUGUACGUGGAUGAUAUGAUUCUUACUGGUGAUGAUUCUGCUCAUAUUACUUUUGUGAAGCAGAAACUGUGUGAGACCUUCUUGAUGACUGAUCUCGGUCCGCUUCGUUAUUUUCUGGGUAUCGAGAUCACAUCUCAUCCUGAUGGCUAUCGACUAUCUCAGCAGCGUUACACUCUUGAUCUUCUUGCUCGCUCUGGCUUGACAGAUACUCGUACUGCCGCUACACUGAUGGAGUUGCAUUUGCAGCUUCGUGCUUCUGAUGGGACUCCCUUACCAGAUCCUACUCGCUAUCGACAUCUUGUGGGUAGCUUGGUAUAUCUUGCUGUUACACGUCCUGACAUUUCUCAUGCUGUGCACAUUCUCAGUCAGUUUGUUGCGGCUCCCACCUCUGUUCAUUAUGGACAUCUUCUUCGAGUACUGCGAUAUCUUCGUGGCACUUUCUCGCGAGGUUUGUUCUACUCACACCAGUCCACUCUUCAGCAACAGGCCUAUUCUGAUGCUACUUGGGCCAGCUCUCCUGAUGAUCGAGUCUCUGUCACUGGCUACUUUAUCUUUCUUGGGGCUUCACUUGUUAUUUGGAAGACUAAGAAACAGCACACUGUUGCCAAAUCCAGUGCUGAGGCUGAGGUUCGUGCUUUGGCUUCUACAGUACAGGAGGUGCUUUGGAUUCGCUCGGUUCUACAGGAUUUUGGUGUACCGAUCCAUUCUCCUAUUCCUAUUCACUGUAACAGUACGGGAGCCCUUCAGAUUGCUACUGAUCCGGUCAAGCAUGAGCUGACCAAACACAUUGGUGUAGAUGCCCACUUCACCCGUUGUCAUGUCCGUGCUCAUAUUGUGUCCCUCCAUUAUCUUCCUACCGAGGUUCAGCCUCAUGAUCACACUUAUUGUGCAAUAGAUGAGCUUUGA